UCGGGACCAACUACACCCUCGACCUCAUCGUCACGGCGGCAGUUCGAUCAGGCGCGACCGCCGGAGACGCCGCUACGCAGCCGCACCUACGUCAGGUUUACCGUCACCGACGGCAACGACCUCUCUCCGACCUUCGUCUACGAAGGGUGUGAGCCGGUCAUCGCACGUCAGUGUAUCAAUCCGCAGUACGCCGCUGACAUACAGAGCAAUGUUGCCGCGGGGGCGCUGACAGUGAUGCCGGAGCCAAUCAGAGCAGUGGAUGCGGAUGACAUCAACAAUCCGGUUACAUAUAGCUUCGUGUCCGGUACGCGGGCGGACUACGCGCAUUACUUCAGUAUUGACGAGCGAACGGGCGUGGUGACACAGACAGCUCCCAUCAGCAGAGGUGACACGGACAAGGUCAUCCUCCUCGUGCAGGCUCAGGAGAUGACGUCAGGGGUCGCUAUACCGGGUCGCUUCUCCGUCGCCACACUGACCGUCCACGUGACAGCGGUCAACAGCCACGACCCUGUGCUCGAACUGACAGGGAGGGUCGGAUUCGUGGAGGAGAACGCGCCUGUGGGCACCGUGGUGCGCACCGACAGGGAUGAGUCGGCGCCGGGCAUGCGCAUCACCGCAUACGACCCAGAUCUCCCCUGA